GACCAAAAAUAAGCAAUCCACUCUGUUUCAAGCUGUCAACAAAACAUGUCGUCGUCUUCUUCUUCUUGCCAAUAAAAACAUUCUUGGUUUAGGAAAUAAAUCUCCUGAUAAUAAGAAGAAAACGCGUAGGGGACUAGAGAAGCAAUGAUGAUUCGUGUUGUUCUUCUUCUUUGUUUCGUUUUCACCAUCCCUGCCCUAGUAAUCUCGGACGACGAGACUAUCUAUGAGAUCCUCCAGGAGAACGGGUUGCCGUUGGGGAUAUUUCCUAAAGGCGUGAAAGAUUUUAGAUUCAACGGUGAAACGGGACGGUUCUUGGUUUAUUUGAAUCAGUCGUGCGAUGCUAAAUACGAGACGGAGCUGCAUUAUGACGAGAAUAUUACGGGGACGAUAGGUUACGGUGAGAUCAGGGACUUGUCGGGAAUCUUGGCGCAAGAUCUGUUCCUUUGGUUUCCGGUUAAAGGGAUACGAGUCGAAGAACCUAGCUCCGGUCUUAUUGUUUUUGACGUUGGCGUAGUUCGCAAGCAAUACUCGUUGUCUUUGUUCGAGACGCCUAGGGAUUGUGUAGCUGUUCGUGGUGAAAACAAGGUUCAGUCAUCUGUAUUUCCAUUGUAUCAAGUAGAUCAAACUCUCGGGAGAGAUGUUAUUUAGCCGGAAUUUGAAAGGAAUGUUGUUAUAAUAUUAUACAAGAAAGAUAGACAGAUGCUCUCAUCAAUUCUUGAAGAUUUUUAACCUUUUUGGUCUCAAAUCAUUAAAAAAAAAAAAACUCAAGGUUCAUAUUUGUGAGGGACUGAACUGAGAAAAGUAAGAUAAAAAGAACAAUAUCUACUUGUUUUUUGAGAGAUGGUAAAAGAAUGGAUCAGUUUUUUUU